AUGAGUCCGCACCGCGGGAUGGAGCAAUGCCAGCUUCUUGGAAGGAGCGAGCUGAUAGCAUGGGUUAAUGCCGCUAUCGGAGUUAAUAUCGAGCGUAUAGAGCAGUGCUGCAAUGGCGCUAUAUACAUACAGCUGUUAGACCUAGUACACCCGGGAAGAGUACCUUUAGCAAGGGUCAAAUUCAACGCUGCACUAGAAUAUGAAUAUCUCGCAAACUACAAAGUACUCCAGACAGUAUUCACUAAACUUGGAAUUGCCAAACAUAUAGAUGUGCAAAAGCUAACACGUGGAAAAUAUCAAGAUAACCUUGAAUUCUUACAAUGGAUUAGAGGAUAUGUCGACGCAAAUAGGACAGUGGAAACCGUGGAAUAUGAUGGCCCUAGAAGAAGAGUCACCGCUGUAAUAAGGAAUUGUAUCGCAAAUAAUACCACGGUACAUCUAAAUCUAGGCAGCGUAACUAAUGCACUGCCGCAUUGGGCACAAGAAGGGGUCACAGUACCACUAAUCAAAGAGUGCCUAGCGAGCGUUAAAGCAACGCCACAACAAAAAACAGAGGACAAUAACCGCGCGGUACCAUCCGACACAAUACAGGCGGUACGCCGUGCCCACAGCAUCACUUCCUCUACAUCUGGACAUGAUGCAAAAACAAGAAGGGUAGAUCAAAAGUGUACACAACGGAGUCAACACGGGGACACUUGCUCGAGAACUAGCACCGCAGAUACCCAUAACAAAGAUACAGAUUCUGUGAAAGGGAUCGAACGAACGGAUACAGUGACGACAAACAUUGACACCGCUGUAUCGUUACACGAAGAAUCACACAAGAUUAGUGAACUUGAAUCGUUAUUGGAGUCACAGAGGCGUCAUUCUGAAAAGCUAAAUUUGGUAAUACAGGAGCAUGAAAGCGAAAUUACACAACUUAAACAACAAAUUGAACGCCAGAAGGAACAGAUAGACAACCUAAAGAAACAGCUGGGACAGGCCCAGGCUGAAAAGCAAGUGGCGAAGAUGAGCAAAGAUUUCUAUUAUAAUAAACUCAGAAGGAUAGAAAUAUUAUGCCAAAAAAAUGAAAAUGGACAAUGUGAAGUAUCGGCACUUUUCGAUAUCAUGUACGCUACCGAUAAUGUCAUUUGA